AUGACCACCUACCACCGAGAAGACCUUGACUACGACUACGACGUAUCCUGCUGCAUCCCCUCCACCGAGCGCUCCCUCAGCCUAGCCGUGCACCGACCGACCAUCUCCCGCAGCAUCUCCACCUCCCACCACCAUUCCUACCGCGAGCGAGAGCGUGAGCGCGAGUACUACCUCCCAACAUCCACGCAAUCCCCCACGCUAGACGAAAUCGUCCGAAAUAACCAUGCGCUCGUCACCCGUCUGAACCGCAAGAUCCCGCCGGGCGCCGUGUACAGCCAGGUGCACCCCAAGAUGAAGGACGACGGGAGUUAUCCUAGAGACUUCAGCAUCGCGCUGACACGGGAUCAGUUCGAGGCUAUGGAUUCGAGCACGCUCGACCGGAUCCUGAUAAGCUAUGGCCUCCUGAGCUCGUUCACGGGGCGGGGGCGGGACAUCAAGCGGCGCAAGCUGUGGCGGCUGUUUGAGUACCUCGGCGCGGAUGCGCUCAAGCCAUCUGGGGGAGGAUGGAUGGCCGAGGGGGGGAGUGGUGGCGCGAGCUAUGGGGGUGGACAGAGGGUUGUUGGAUGGUGAGACGCUUUCGGGAAUGGUUGGUUGGUUGGUUGGACGUCCGCGCGAAGAAGAAAUAUAGACGAGAACUGUGUGUGCUCUUUUGGAGGUUGUUUCUGUUGGCUUGUGUUUUUGAUGGUAGUUAGUGGAAGUGGUAGAUGAGCUGGCGAUAGUUACAUGUAAUGAUCAUAAUGGUUUCGGCAUCGGC